AUGGAUUUCCUCCAGAAGAGAAACGACGCGCUCAAUGUCAACCCCAACAUGGUCAAUGGAAAGUCUUCCGACAUUGCCAUCACCGUCCGCGGUUCCGACUGGUACUGGGCUGUCUGUGCAGUCAUGACCAUGGCCACAUUUGUCUUCCUGGGUCUCGGUGUCACCAAGCCUCGCCAGCACCGUGUCUUCCACUACAUCACUGCUGCCAUCACUAUGGUCGCUGCUAUCGCGUACUUCUCUAUGGCCUCCAACCUCGGCUGGACCCCCAUCGACGUCGAAUUCCAGAGAAACGACCCUGAAGUUCGUGGUAUCAACCGUGAGAUCUUCUACGUCCGCUACAUCGACUGGUUCAUCACUACUCCUCUCUUGCUUCUCGACUUGAUGUUGACCGCUGCCAUGCCUUGGCCUACUAUCCUCUUCAUCAUCCUUGUCGAUGAGGUCAUGAUCGUUACCGGUCUCGUUGGCGCUCUUGUUCGCAGCUCCUACAAGUGGGGUUACUUCGUCUUCGGUUGCGCCGCACUCGCCUAUGUUGUCUGGGUCCUCGUCUGGGAAGGUCGUCGGCACGCCAAUGUCCUCGGCCGUGAUGUUGGCAAGGCUUUCACCUUGUGCGGUUCGCUCACCACAUUCCUCUGGAUUCUUUACCCUGUCGCCUGGGGUAUCUGUGAGGGCGGCAACAUUAUCUCUCCCGAUUCUGAGGCUGUCUUCUACGGCAUCCUUGAUCUCCUCGCCAAGCCUGUCUUUGGUGCUCUUCUUAUCUGGGGUCACCGUGGUAUCGACCCUGCCCGUCUUGGUCUCUACAUCCAUGAUUACGAUGAGAAGGACCCUGCUGUUAAGGACAAGGUCGGCGCUCCUGGUCCCAAUGUUCACCCCAACUCCAACAACGGUGUUGCCACCAACGGACAGACUGCAGAGACCGUCUAA